AUGGCUGUGUUUGUUGGUUGUAAAGCAGAAUCUCUCCCGUUCAAGUAUCUUGGUUUGACGGUUGGGGCAAACAUGAACCGGAUCGUCAACUGGAGACCGGUUUAUGACAUUUUCGAAAAGCCUCUUUCUCUAUGGAAGGCAUCCUUUCUGUCCAUAGGCGGAAGAGUCACUCUGAUCAGAGAUUUGCUGGAGAUUCACGAACAAGGAACUAGAUCAGCGUCGGAUCGUUUAAUCCUUCGCGGUAUCAUUAUUUCGGCCUACUGGGUAUUGUGGAAAGCUAGAAACAACAUAAGAUUCAACGGUAAGAGACGUAAUGUCGAAAAUCUUUUUAGUGAGGUUAGGGUGCUUAGUUUCUUUUGGCUUAAACACAGGGCUAGGAAAGUACAGUUGCUUUUAACUGCUUAUUAUGUAUUGAUUGCUAGCUCCAUGGGUUCUUACGGAUCUAAGCCAAAACAAGAAUGUAUCAUGAUGGAAGAUACUGAUACGAAAGAACCUGAAAACAACGUAAACAGUUUGGUCACCGAGGUUUUUUCUUGGUCUCUUAGUGAUGUUCUUAACAGAAAUCUCUACAAUGGCAAGGUAUCGGAGAUUCCGAAGACAUUUUCUUCGGUAUCUGACUAUAUAAACUCAUUCAACUAUCCACUUUUUGAGGAGACACAUGAAGACCUUCGUUCCAAGAUCCUAGGAGUCAACCGUUCUCCUACGUUAGAGAUUUCUGGAGUAGAGCCAGCUAAAGGUUUUGUACCUGAAAAACAUCUAUUUUACACCGUCUAUUAUAAAAGAGGCCAAGGAUCUUAUGAACCUGUGGUUGGAGAUCUUAUCGCGCUGACUGAUGUAAGACCAAAAUGUGUUGAUGAUCUCCAGAGGCCAAACAUGUCUUACCUUGUAGCUAUGGUUCAACCCAUGAAGGAGAAAAGUUCAUUGUGUAAACUUCGAAUUUUAUCAUCAAAACCAAUUACUGGGAAUGAUGGUAGACAUUUUAUUGUGUAUCUUACAAACUUGACAACAAAUGAACGUAUUUCGCGAUCACUUUACUACCCGGGAGGAGAGAAAAAGAAGAUGUUUGAAACAUUGCUGAGAGUUGAUUCAUCUGUUGAAGAAAGUUGUUUUGAAUGUUCUCUUGAUGAAACUAGAGACUUGCUUUCAUUAGAGAUGAAGGAAUAUCUCGAAUCUUUUCAGCUUGAUAGCUCACAAGAGGCUGCUGUUUUGAGCUGUGCUGCUUUAAGAUAUUGUGAUCACAAGAAUACCAUAAAACUAAUCUGGGGUCCUCCAGGAACUGGAAAGACAAAAACAAUCAGUUCAUUGUUAUUCAUGUUGCUGAGGAUGAAAUGUAGAACACUAACAUGUGCUCCUACAAAUAUUGCGGUUUUAGGAGUUACUAAAAAAGUUUUGACCUUAGUGAGGGACUCUAUGGUAUAUGAUACUUAUGGUUUAGGAGACAUAGUUUUGUUUGGGAAUAAAGAACGGAUGAAGAUAGACGAAUGUGAAGGCCUUUCUGAUAUAUUCUUAAAUUCACGUGUCAAGAUUCUUGCUGCAUGUUUAGCUCCAUUGUCAGGUUGGAAAGGUAGCAGUGAGUGGAUGAUUCGUUUUCUUGAGGAUCCUGAGGAACAGUACAGGUUGUACUUGAAGGAAAAGGUAAUAACUGAUGAAGGUGAUGAUGAGAAAGAUGACAGCGGUGUUGAAGAUGAUGAUGACGACAAUUUUCAAUAUGAAAAAGAGAAGUCGAGUGACUCGCAUAUGAAUAGAGCAUUGAAAGCUAAGAAUUGGAAGACAGUCAUUGUAAGUACUUUGAAAGAUGAAAAGAAAGGUAGAAAUAACAAGGUAACAAAUGAAGAUAAAACUAAGCAGUCUUCAAAGCAAGAGUCUGACAAAAAGAAUUGUAAACAUGGCGAACUUUUGAGUUUUGAGGAGUUUGUGACGAACGGGUUCGACUUUCUUGGAAAUCAUUUAAUAUCUUGUAUGGAAGGCUUGUACACACAUAUGCCAACAGCUUUCAUUUCAGUAGAGGUUGCAAAAGAAAUGGUUGCACUCAUUGGUUCUCUUAAGUGUAUCAGUAAAUCAUUAAAACAAAGAGUUGCAUCAAAAGUGGUUUUAAAAGAAGCCUUCAGAUUCCCGUGUUCAAAACUCAGAUACCUUCAACAGAAACUGCAAUUUCCAGAUUUAAAGGAAUAUUAUGAAAUUAGGAGAUUCUGUUUGGUAAAUGCUUGUUUGAUAUUUUGCACGGCAUCAAGCUCCAUUAACGUGAAGACAUCUGAAUCAAAUCCUUUGAAAUUUCUUGUGAUCGAUGAGGCUGCUCAGUUAAAAGAAUGUGAAUCUGUUAUACCUUUGCAGCUUAACGGUCUACGCCAUGUUAUUCUUGUUGGGGAUGAAAGACAACUUCCUGCCAUGGUUCAAAGCAAGAUUUGUGAGGAGGCUGAAUUUGGAAGGAGCUUAUUUGAGAGGCUUGUUUUACUCGGUCAUAAAAAGCAUCUUCUAAAUGUUCAGUACAGAAUGCAUCCAUCCAUAAGCCAGUUCCCAAAUAGGGAAUUUUAUAACCAAAAUAUACUGGAUGGUGCGAAUGUCAAGAGCAAGACUUACGGGAAGCGUUUUCUUGAUGGAAAUAUGUAUGGAUCGUACUCAUUUAUAAAUGUAACUUCUGCUAAAGAGGAGUUUGAUCAGAGCCAUAGCAUGAAAAAUGUCAUGGAAGUGGCUCUUGUUGGUGAUGUUGUUGCAAGUCUUUUUAAACAAGCUGUUGCAAGAAAACAAAAGGUAAGUGUUGGUUGCAUAUCACCAUAUAAGGCUCAAGUAAAUGCAUUACAAGAGAAGAUUGGCACAAAGUACACAGGUUAUGAGCGUUACUUCACUGUGAAUGUCCGGUCAGUUGAUGGAUUUCAAGGGAGUGAGGAGGAUGUAAUUAUUAUAUCCACAGUUAGAUGUAAUAGCAAAGGAUCAGUUGGUUUUCUUUCAAACCAUCAGAGAACAAAUGUGGCAUUGACACGAGCCAGAUAUUGUUUGUGGAUAUUGGGGAAUGAAUCAACUCUGGUGAAUAGUGGAACUAUUUGGAAGCAUUUAGUUGUUGAUGCUAAGAAUCGUGGCUGUUUCUACAACGCUAGCGAAGACAGAAACUUGGUUCAAGCUGCUUGGAGUGCUUUGGUUGAACUUGGCCAACUUGAUAAAUUAUUCAACACGGAUUCAUUACUUUCUAGCGAAGCCAAAUGGCAGGUGAAGUUUAGUGACACAUUCUUGAAAACAGUUGCAAGCCUCACUGACCAUGAGAUUUGUGACAAAGUGGUUUCUUUACUGCUCAAACUUUCGGGUGGUUGGCGUGAACUAGAAACGGUGGGAAACUCUGAAGUUAAAGUAGAAGGAAGUUGUAUGCUUCUUGAGGACUAUAAGGUUACACAAGACUUGCAUUUGAUUUGGGCAGUUGAUAUUGUAGUACAAGAUUCUGUUUGCGUCCAAGUGUUGAAGGUGUGGGAUGUUUUACCUGCCACCAAGUUUGAAGAACUGUCCAAGAUGUUAAUGGAAAAGGUUUAUGGGAAUUAUACUGUAAAUAUGAUGAACCGCUGCAAGGAAAGAUGCGUUCAAGGAAAUUUGGUGCUUCCAAUUACGUGGCCUAUGAACUCAGACAUGGAUCAAAGUUGGUCAUUAGCGAAGCAUCUAGCUGCAUUGAGCUUGAGUAACCAGCCUACAUCUUCAUCAUCAUCAAGAGCAUCAAGUGACUGGAGAUUUGGUAAAAGGAAACCUAACAGGUAUGGUGAUUCAAGGUCUCAUGGAAGGGGGAACAGGUGGUAA